ACAAUAUCGUAACAUCAUCACCUGAUCUAUUUUCAACAGUAUACAGGAAAUUUUUGUUUUAAUUUCCAGGGAUAUAGAGAACUAUGCUGCUGUACAUUCCCUGACAUGGAUGAAUUGCUGACUGGUUGAUGGACAGCCGAGGUGCAGAGGGACUGGGCUGUUGUAAUUCUUUAAAUUAUUACACCCUUCAAAACACAAUCCCAACAAAAUUUGUGAAUUAUGAGUUUGAGGCAGCUCUAUAAAUCUGAUCUUAGCCUGUCUGUUGUAUCCAUUUAAACAACCUCCACUUAGUAAGGUGGUAAUUACUGUGGUCACUCAUAAGUUACAUAGGUCACAGUAGAAGAUGAAGUCAUUUGGAUAUUCAUUUUUACCUUUUGUCAUUGUGCUUCUCAAAAAGAUCUAUUACACGUUAGAGAUUGGUUAAUUUCAAAUUGCUUGGAAUAGGAUCCUGUGUUAUCAUUUCCAAUAGGAUGUGGAAAAUAAUUGCUUGCAGAAGGCACCAUAAAAUGCUAAUUUUCCUAGUAUGUCUUGUUUAAAUAGUGCCCCUAUUUAUUAUUUUUCUUUCACAUUGAAUUGUCAUCUUUUGCUUAGUUUCCACUUUUCUUCCAUUACUUUAUUGAUAUAUUACUUUAAACUACCUGUAGUCCUUGAAAUUUUCAUCAGUUCUUUUUGCAGUUUACCAGGUUUAAAGUCUGGCUGAAAGGCUUUUGACUUGGGAGAGUGGUUGGUCAGCUGUGGUCUUAAGGAACAGAAUGACAGGCUCCAGUUGUUACAUUGAAUGAUGGAGCAGGUUCAAGAUAUUUCUUUGCUAAUUUCUCCUCGUAUGUCUUGCUUAAAUAUUUUAUUAUCCUUUUUAUUAUAUUUAUUUUUAUAGGGUAACAUUUUAUCUUUUUUUAUUUUGUUGUAUUCUCACUUCCUUUCCAUUCCUGAAGCGUCGACUAUUUACUCAUUCCAGCAUUUUAUAUGUUGCUUUGGAUUUCCAAAGUGGAUGUCACUGAUGAGGGUAGCUAAGUUUCUGUCCAUCUCCCAUAAUCCUUGAAACGUACAAGUUUGUUCAAAGGUCAAAACUAAUUUAGUAACGUUAUCAUAAGAGCCACAAAUUCCAAGCCUUGUUAUUACAGGAAUAUGUUUUAAAUUAUAUAUAAUGACCCAGUAUUACGGGCCAUCAUUAUGAAUGCUAGCUUUUCAGAGCACAUUUAUACAGUGACUUGAAUUUCAAUUCACACAAAUGUUAGGAGUCUUGCCGAAGGGUUUCGGCCCGAAACGUGGACCGUACUGUUUUCCUUGAUGCUGCCUGGCCUGCUGAGUGCCUUCAGCAGUUUGUACGUGUGGCGUGGAUUUCCAGCAUUUGACGAUUUUCUCCUGUUUGUGGUUGGAUUUUAAUUCCGCGGCUGCAUGGUGGGAUUCGAGCCCCUCACUUAAAAGGACCGCUGGAUUUCAGUCGAAAUACCACGUGGUGCAAUGGCUCGCCGCUCCGGGCGUUUCUAAAUAUCCGUGCUGAAGUAUGCUAUGCUAUUCCUCCAGCCAGAGUAAACGAUGGCUUUGGUUUUACCUCAUGACGCACGGGCAAGGGCAUUGAAAGCCGAGGCGGGAGGCGGGAGGCGGGGAGCGGAAGGAAGAAGCGCGCGCGCGCGCCGCCGUCCCUCGCCUCACCAACAUGGCGUCGCCCAACGGUUGCGUGUCCCUGAAUCUCCCUACCUGCGGUACAAUCACCCACUAAGCCGGCUCCAACCGGUCAGCAUAGGUACACUCACUAGGGAUACGAAAAAAAAACACGCACAUACUUUAUAAUUUCGACGUUUAUAAUCGCUGUGUUUCGGAAUUAAAAGAGGGAGGGAAGCGAACAAGCGUUAGUUACCAUGUCAACAGAUCACCAAUACAAACUUCGCAAAAAAACCCUCCUGGCUGAACAAGCAGUUCGUGAUGGUACAUUAUAAAGGAUUUUAAUUAGGGGCAAGUAAUCUGAAAUAGGAAGGAUAAAUUGCCCUAAUCUUUGAAAUUUUUGUAGCAAAAAGCUUAGUUGGGAAUCGGUGACGCGUCGGAAUUCCAAUGUGGUGAUUGUGUACUGCCAACACCAUGAGGAAGCGGAGUCCACAAUUGGUAAUCAGAACACAAGCAUCAAAAAGUGAAACGCAAAGCCCAGUCUCCUCUGUUUUAAAUCCAAGCACCAGAUCACCAACCCCAACCAGCAGGCUUCUCUCUCCAGAGCUAUACAACCCCUCGGAUGUUGGUGAACAGCAGCUUGAUAUCAGUGAUGAAAGUGGAUCUGCCAUUACUUAUUACACCGGAAAGGAUACAGUUAGACAGCGCCCUGGAAUCCGAUACAUCACUGAAGACCUGAUCAAAAAACUAUCAAAACAAGAACAAUUGGGUUCCAUACAAUCCCUCAAUCUUUGCUUGUCAAAAGCAGAAGGGAAGAAGUUUAAGUUUAUAGAAAACCUUGAAAAAUGUGACCAUCUACUUGUCCUGAAUUUGAGCAACAAUAUGAUUGAGAAAAUAGAAAAACUGGAAAAACAAUUAAAGCUGCGGGAACUUAGCCUUUCAUACAACCGAAUUUGUAAAAUUGAAGGGCUGGAGCACAUGGUGAACCUUCAGAAUCUGGUGCUAGCUGGAAAUUAUAUUGAACAAAUUCCUUCAUGGGUUGGAAAGAAGUUGCGAUCCUUGCGUGUUCUCAACCUCAAACAGAACAAUAUUACUUCGCUUCAAGAUGUAUCUAAACUGAAGCCUUUGAGAGAGUUGACUUCACUAAACCUAGCAGAUAAUCCUUUAGCCAGUCUUCCACAUUAUCGACUGUACGUCAUUUAUCAUUUACGCUCUUUGAAUAGCUUGGAUGGAUGGCCAGUAACUCUUCAGGAAAGGCAAGAGGCUCAUGAACGAUUUCACUUAGAAGAACUAGAGAACCUUGAGAAGGAACUUGCAAAGAAGAUGAAAGAGAUUGAGUUGUUAGAACAGAAACACUCCAAGGCAAAGGAUGACAUCAGAAGCCAAGAACAACGGAAUAGGACACUUGAAUUGGAACAUCAACAACAGAAGAACAACUGCAGAAAACUGGAGAGAGAGGUGGAGACCAAGAAUGAGCUGCUGAAGCAGAAGACAGUGGAACUAACACGGGCUUGUCAUAAGCAAUAUCAGCUGGAGCAAGAAUUGGCAUUUUACAAGAUUGAUGCCAAGUUUGAACCACUUCAUCAUACUCCAACUGAAAACUUCAAUUUCCAAGAAAUUCCAAAUGAGAGUCCUUACAUUGGGAAAGCCAGGUACAAGAGAAACCAAUAUAUUCAAGAACAUACCAUUAAUCCAGUGCAGCUUGGAAAAGUUGGAAAAAUUCAGUUUGAUGUGGAUGAUGAGGAAAAAAAUAAAAUGAGAACAAACCUUAAUCAGGCAAUGGAUGUUCAGCUUGAAGACAAGGAAAAAAAAAUCCAGAAAGCUGAAGAGUCACUGAGACAAUUGCAAGGUGAAAAAGAAAAGGCAGAACAGCAAGUCUUGAGAACAGUUAAAGAGCUAAAAAAUCUGGAAGAGCUAACAGCUCAAAAACAGAUCUCAGUAGUUGAAAAAGAAAAGCUGAAACGGCAUUUUGCACAGAAGAUUCAGCUGAUCAACAAUUUGCGUCAGGAGACUGAGGAACUGGAGCAGCAAAUGGAAAGACAGUGGAAAGAGAUGGAAAAAAAGCAACGUGAGAUUCUUGAUCUCGAAAAGAAUUUAAGGUCUAUUGAUCCUAAAGAUCCUCGACAUGCACAUUUAAAAGCUCAAAUGGUGAAUAAAACUCAACAGUUUGACACAAUGUCCAAGCAAUACAAGCAGUUAGAGAAACGCUUAGAUGAAAUGCUCUCCAGGAUUGCCAAGGAAACUGAGAGCAUCAAAGAUCUGGAAGAACAACUGACUGAAGGUCAGAUAGCAGCUAAUGAGGCACUGAAGCGAGACUUGGAGAGCAUUAUUGCUGGGUUGCAAGAGUACUUGGAGAGUGUAAAGGGACAGGCAAAGCAAGCUCGGGAGGAAUGCACAGAGUUGCAGAAGGAAAAGCAGGCACUAUUGCAUCAACUGACUGAACUGGAACAAGAGAAGAAUCAACUGGAAAUUGUUGCCAUGGAUGCGGAUAACUUGAGAAAGGAGCUGUCUGACAUGGAACGUUCCUUACAAGAACAGCAAGAAUUGAAUGAAUCGCUGCGCCAAGCUCAAGGUGAUCUUGGCGAGUAUGAAGCUGAAUUGGAGUCUCAACUACAAGCAAGGGACAUUGAAGCAAAUCAACUUAGAGAGGAACUGGAGCGACUGCGGAAGCUCAGUCAAAUGGAACAAUCUGCUCUGCAAGCGGAGCUGGAAAAGGAAAGACAAGCACUGGAAAACGCUUUAGCAAAGGCUCAAUUAGUGGCUGAAAAGGAACAUGAAAACAAGAAGUUAGUUGCACAGCUAAAAACUCUACAGGUUGAUAACUCCUUGUUGAAAGAACAGCUUAAAGAGUUACAGACACAAAUGAAUCAAACAAUAAAGACCAUGAUUCAUCCAGAGGAGGUGUCCGCUUGCAUUUCUGAACUUGGAAGAAAACUGGGUUCUGGUAUUCAGGAGAUCAGGCCUUACGAGCAGGGAGACACUCUGGGAAAGAACCUUGCUGAAUUGCAGAAGCAGUUGAAUGAAACAUUAAAGAAUUCACAACAAGAAAAAGAGGAAAUAUUAUGUCAUUGUAAGAGAUUAGAACAGGAAAUUAUAACAUUACAAGAAGAAUUGAGGAAUACUCAGGAGGAUUCUAAGACAGCAUAUGAGAAAGCAGCAGAGACACUGAUAAAAUCUGAGAAAGAGAUCAGUCAAGCUCAAGCUCAGCAGCUGAAGAAUAAGAUUGCAGGUCUCCAGGAGCAACUGAGAAACAUGCAAGAGUUACAGGCUCUUGCUGAUGAGCAGCUCCAGGAGGCAGAUGAAAAUCGGGAUAAACUUCUACAAGAACUCGAAGCUAAAGAGAAUAAGAGUAAAAUGGAGGAUGCAAGAACUCAUUUGAAAUUAUGUAAUCUUGAGAAAGAGGUGAAAGACUUGAAAGCAACCAUGGCUGCUUCUGACAAGAUGGCUGCCAGAGAGCUUUCUACUGCCAGGGACCACCUGAAAGCUCUUCAGGGAACUGUUCACAAACUGAACCAAGAAAGGACAGAGGAAAUGGAGGUAGCAGAAAAAUUCCGGGCGGAGGCAACUCGGGCAGCUCGAGAUCUUGCCAAAGCAGAGGCUGAAAUUGAGCUGCUGCAAAGUCUAUUAAAGGACAAAGAAAACCAGAUUCUAGAUGAAAUCCAGGCAUUUGAUUCUGGAGCAAAUAGUGUGAAUGCCCAACAGCUAGAAAUUGAGAGACUAGGUCGAGCUCUAAAUCGACAAAGUGCAGAAGUGAAGCGUCUUCAGGAUCAUCUAAAUCAUAUGAGAGAAGGUAACUUAAAUGAAAUGGAAAAGUUAAUGAAUGAAAUCUCUGCUCUCAGAAAUGUCCUUAGCAAUCAGAAUGACUACAUUAACAGUAUGAUGGAUCCAUUUAAAAGAAGAGGUUACUGGUAUUUCGUGCCAUCUUCACCAAAACCACCAAGCCUGAGAUCUCAAAACAGCCACACAAAAGAUUCUGGAUUCAGCUCCCUGCAUCAAGUUCCACCAUCCCCAAGUCAGGGAUCAAUUCCUAGAAGAGGAGGCAAGGAAGAAUGUAUAUCAGUUCCAGGUGGUUAUUGGGUAUAUUCACCAAUAAGACGUACCUCGCAAUGGACUCGUACCCAGAGAGUAGGUGAUGAUGAAGAUAGUGGGACUGAAAGUGAUGGAAAUGGCACACCUAAACAAACAUUUAUUGCUCCACCCGGUUCAGUCAUUUAUACCAUGCACCCUGAUGGUACUCCUUUGCCUCAAGGGACUGUAGUGUAUGGACCUGCACCUGCACGACCAGCCAGUGUUAGUCCUGUCCCUCCAGGCACAGUUCUUUAUGGACCGCCACCACCUGGAACACAAGUUGUUUAUGGUCCUCCCCCUAUCAACUUUACCAUCCCUCUUAUUCCUGAAGGUGUACUUCACUGCAAUGUACUGGAGCACCAUGACCUGGAGAAUGAAGUCAGUAAACUAGAAGAUACUAUAGCACACUUAAGAUCUCAUAAAUCCAAACAUUCAAAAACAACUGCUUCAAUAGAUCGUCAUCAUGAGCAGAUAGAACAACUUCGUAAUGACAUCUAUGAGCUACUGCAGGAGAGAGAAGAGUUGGAACAUGAAGUUGAGGAAUUGCACAAAGUGGUCCAUAAGCGCACCAAUCAAAAAGACUUUUUAGAUGGACACAUAGAUCUGCUCAUGAAUGAACUCGAAGUGGAAAAAUCUCUAAAGAAGCAUGAUGAUGUUGUUGAUGAAAUCGAGUGUGUGGAAAUGACUCUCUCAAAGCGAAGGGCAGAGCUACGAGAAGCAGACAGAUUAUUAAUGGAUGCUGAGGCAGAUCUCAAAAGUACAAGGGAAAAGUCAAAAGAAAUAAUCCAGCAAUACGAUGAUGCCAGUAAACGGUUGGUAGACACUGAGAAAGAUGCAGAAGAGUUGGAGCAAAGAGCGCAUGACACUGCAGUUAAACUAGUUAUGGCUGACAAGCAACUCAGGUUAAUGAAGAAUGACUUGAAAGACCUGGAACAACAAAAGGCUGAACAAGAGAGUAUGCUGAACAAAAUUAACAAAGAAGUAUCCACAGGAAAUUUAGAAUUGCAGACAAUUGUACAAAAUAUGGAAAACAUGACUGAAAGUCUAGAAAAACUGCAAGCAGAGAUUCUUUCAGCAGAAACUAAAGAGAAACAGCACCUAGAGACUUUGGAAGAAGCAGCAAUGUUGCUAGAGGAUAAAAAGAGUGAAUUGGAAACACUAAAUAGCAAGGUUAAAGUAAUGAGGAAAGAAUUAAUGAUGUUGGACAGAUAUUCAGGUAAAAAAAAAGAAGAGCUUAACUUCCUUCAGAGUGAUAUUGACAAGAAGAAAGCAAGCCUCUCAGAGGUUCUUUUGGAAGGUGAGGCAGAGAAGGUUGAUAAGCAAUGUCAAAUUCAGCAGCUGAAGGCGUUGCUUGAGGAGAUGAGUGCACAAAAAGGAGAGCUGAAUGCUCAGAUUACAGAAAAGAAUUCAUGCCUCUCCUUAACAAAACAAGAAGUGAAAAACGAGGAAGACAAGCUCCAGAGCAUCCAAGUACAGAUAAAUAAGCAAAAGACAGAACUUAAACAUAUUGUGGAAAUGGUACAAUUAGAAAAUGAUGCACUCUUGAGAUUGAAACAGCAACAUGAAAAGAAAAUCAUGGAACUGGAGAGGAUUCAAGCAGCACUGCAAGAGGAGAAGAGCGAACUGGAAAACUUGCAGCAUAUUUCGCAGAAUCAAAAAGCAGAAAUAGAACGUCAAAAACAGCACAUUGAGAAGGAGCAGCAAGAAGUAGACCAGCUGACCACAAAGAAAAAUUCCCUUCAGCACAGUGUUGAAUCUCUAGCUAAAGAGAAAAAACACAUGGGGGAGAAUUGCCUUGUGCUGGAGAACAAACUUUCUCAAACAAAGAGAGCUGUUGAAAUCACUGAAGACAAUAACAGAAGGGCUCUGUCUAAACUGCAGCAACUACAAACAGAGCUGAGUGAGCUGAAUCAGGAAAUAAAUCAAAUUAAGAUCCAGAAGCAAGAGUUAAAUCAGAAAAUGGCAUACACACAAAACUUACUACAAGAGGAAAAGGCAGAGCUGGAGAAGGUGAUGGAUAACAUUCAAAUUACAAAAGAUCAGCUGCAGUUAGCAGAACAGGAUAUUCAGAAUGUCACUAAGAAAUGUGACAUGUUAAAAGCAGAGCAGGUGACUUUGAAGGAAAAUGUUAAUCAAAGUGCAAGCAAAUACAAAUCCCAUCUGGAGAAUGAAAAAAAGAAAGAACAGGAGUUACUGCGAAUUCAGCAACAAAUUGAAGAAAAGCAACACAAACUCACAGAAGAGCAAAAAAUGCUGCAGUCUAUCAAAAAGAAUGUUAAAUCUGAAGAGACAAAAUUGGAGCAGUCUGCAACUAAGUUAAAAGACCAGAUUCGCACCUUGGAGGCUGAACUGUCAGACAAAAAAAUUGAACUUGAGCAGAUGGUUACAAAAGUGAACUUGAUGGAAGAUCGAUUGAGGAAAGUGCAACAUAAUGAAGAACAGUGCAUUAUCUUGGAGAAUCAGAUCGUGACUCUGACACAUCAGCUAUCUGAUCGAGAGCAACAAUACCAGGAAACAAUGGAUGAACUGGCAUUUCUUCAAAGAGAAAUUCAGAUCUCAAAAAACAAUGUAACCCAUCUUCAAGAGUGGCUUCAUUCAGAGAGAAAAAAGGCAGAGAAGCAAGUUGCAGUCCUCACAGAAGAGUCCAAAGCUCAAAGAGCUGAGCUAGAGAAGGCCCUUAAUGAACAAAAGCAUGAAAAUAACAGACUGCAGAAGGAAUUAUCUUCAAUCAACCAGAUUGCACGUGAUAACCAUGCCCAAGUUGACAGUGUCAUGAGUGAAUUAAAUGAGAUGAGACAAAAAUAUUUUGAACUUAAACAACAGCUGAGAAGUCAAGAACAAAUGGAAAAACGCCAGAAAGAGAUAAAGGAAGCAAUAAGAAUGCUUCGGUCAGACGUUAAAGCAGAAAUUGGCAAUAGUUUAAAAGAAUUAGAUCAGUCUUCUGUUGAACCGAAGAGUGAUCUGGAUGUUACUUUGGAAGAGGAAGAAACACUUCAGUGUGAAAAAGAAAGCCUGAAGGAGAAUUUUCCCUUUGCUGCCAUUGACAGAAGGCAUCCAAAUUUCGAUGAGAGGUUAAGGCUAACAGAAUUCAAUUUUAAGGAUGAACAGUGGCGUGGAGAAGUGCUAAGAGAAAAUUUACGACAACAAGAAGAUCGGCUAAAGGCACAGAUUCGUCAGUGCAUGUCAGAACAAGCUGAAGCACUCUGUAAACGAAGGCAGCAGACACAGGGUAAUCUGACAAACCUGAGAAGGCGAGUGGAUGCCCUGGAUGAACUCGUUACCAGCAUGAGUGUAAACUCAUCUCAUCAUUAUCAGACUGAUGGCACAAGUAAGGCCUCACUCCACAGAAUAUCCCAGUCGCCUUCCAGGAGACCAGCCGAAAGAUUUUUACAGGGAAAGCAUUCCCAUUUGCUUGGUACUGAACAAUUUUCAGAAGACAGUUGGUAAUAUUGCAGGGCUCUUUGAACAAUGAAGGGACUUCACCAACCACAAAGUAGACAAGGAAACCGAUCUACCUCAAUUAUUUCAAUCUCUUGUGGAUCCUCAUAGCAAAGCUGCAGAGUGUGGCCUUGUGCAUACUGUUUCCAUUUUAUUACAAUUGUUAUUAAAGUACCAGGUGCCAUAUUGUUCAUCAAGCAGACCAUUGCAGAUAUUUUGGGAAUUUUUUAAGAAUUUAUCCCAGCUGCUGUUUUAAAAUUUGGAUAUUUAAAUUUAGUAUUAUUUUUAUGCGAUUACAGUCUUGUGCCAUAUCUGCACAGUAUGUUUGUACAUUGUUUUUAUACAAGUAUUGUAUAUGUGCAUUUCUGUAAAUUUUGUAUUUUAUCUUUUGCAUUAAUAAAGAUUAAUCUAAAUACUGUCAUUU